CUUCACUGGUCUUUCUAUCAAUUAUCGAGGUUUGUAACGAGGUAAACAAAGUAGGACUUCUGCACACGUUCUUAGAGAAAUUAGUAUAGUCAAGCAGUUCAAAAUGGUCGCCGACGGUUCCCCAUUGCACAAAACUAAAACGGGCACUGUUACCAUGUACCACGCCACGGAUCGGGUUGCUGCUAAAGCGAUUCUCGAUGAGCGUUGGUUUUAUCGUGGCUACACAGGCAUGCUAGGUGGCGGGAUCUACUUUUCCAGUGAUGCAGAAGGUGCUUCGCGCAAACGGCGACGACAUAACGUUAAGAAGGCUCGAUUGCGUGACUCAUUGAGUUUUGCUUAGAAGUUUUCGGUUUGCCCUUGUUCUAUAAACUUACUAUCUAGAAGGAAUAUGAAGGAGCUUUGCAUUGAUUGAAGAAAGACGACUUAGUUAUCUACUUCAUCAAGAAAUCGAAUUAAUAGCCCGCUAAUCACAAUAACGGUGAACAAGGCCCGAGCGUGGUUUUGGCGGUGCGUGUUGACAUGGGUACAACUGGAGUGUGGCGCCGCGGCACUGACCUCCGCUGGAGCGACUUUGAGGAUUAUGGCGUCGAAUCGGCCAAAGUGGACGGACUCGACAGCUACAUGAUUCUCGAUAGCGAUCAGAUCCUGGUAUUUAGCUUUUUGACAUUGUUCUUACUUUGUCAUAGCCGCGGAUGUGUUUUGUGACUUAUUCAAUCAAGAACCUUGAGCUUUACUAUUGUUCAGCCACGAUUUAUAUGAAUCGCCUUGACCUUGUUCUCGCUCAUCAUGAUGUUGACUGUGCUUUAUACCUUGGCCGUCUCGCAACGUCAGGACAUUGUGGUGCACUCCGGCAAAAUCACGGACGAGGAGGAGGAGGAUUCUUGGCACGAUCAGAAUGAGGAUUCCCGAGAUUAUCAAGAUCCAAACGAGGACCCCCGAGAGCGGUAUCAAAAUGAGGACUCCCGAGAGCGGUAUCAGAAUGAGGAUUCCCGCGACAGCAGAGCACCGAAACGCAGACGCAUUGACUCGCGAUAGGUGCCUUUUGCUAGCCCUUAAUGGUCAUAGGCGUUUGAGUUUUGAAGGACGAUGCGGGAAGAAGCUGAGGUAUGUUAAUGUUUAACCAAUGGUAGUGGUAUAAUUGUAAUCGGUUUUGCUUUGUUUUUUCGCUAUGUAUUUUGAUUCAGCGUGAAUUUGAAUUCUAUGGACAAGAAUCAAGUGAGUAGUCUUCAGUCGAUACUUAAAUGGUACUAAUAUAAUGUAGUUUGUACUAGCAGGUGUUUUGUUGAUGUAAAAAUUACUCGCAUGAUGUUAGAUUCUCCUGGUAAUCUAUUUUAUCAUCUUCGUCCUCCCUCGCUCCUCCGCAAAAAAUCAGGGAGUGCGCAGCUGUGCGCUCCAGCAGUUAACGCCAGUGACUCGAAGCAAAACUCUUCUGAGACUCACGCGGUGUCGGCGCAGAGCAACGACAGCAAAAAAGCUUGUCUUGCGUCAACAAUUCGGCAAAAAUGAUGCCCUCGCACCGAGAACUAAAAAUGUUCUGUGGGACCGAACAGUGAACGGGUACCAAUGUGGCACGACCGUCUGAAUUUGACUGUGUUGUUGCUAUGAACUGCGAAGGCAGCACAACUGUGGUCUUAAAAGAGGGACUACGUUGUACCUUUCAACAUGGUACUGCAUCUGCACCACGGUAUCGCAGUGGGCUGGCAGCCACUUGUUACUUACCAAGAUGGUCCUGUGAAAAGGACGGCGUCACAGCUGUGAUGAGGACAGCAACUACUACAAAGAAUUAUUGCAGCUGAGGCACAGCGAGAACACUGCUUGUCUGGUAAACCCGGCUGGUUUAAUGUAUUGGAACCCGGAUGACGUCAUGGCAGAGCCAUCGAGUCAGCCACAAUUUAAACGGGCGUGUGAGAAGCUUCUCACUUGGCUGAAUUAAAGGCUAAGCCUCACUGAACAAAGAGGUCUGGAGACCGACUUACCGACUCCUGCCUUACUACUGAAGAGGUGGGAGCUAAUUGUACUGACUUUCCGACUCUUGACGGGCAUUGUACUACAUCAUGCACCUCCACUGUGCAUGAACAACCUACCACUGAGAUGAUGGUGAAUUGGAACCGAACCAAGUCCCCGGAAGAGAAGGUUAAGCAUGAAAGCACCUCUUUUCCGGUAGGAGUAGACUAUGUAAUGAUACUAAGUGGACCAAGUACCAUAUGAAUGAACACAAGUACCAUAUGAAUGAACAAAAUACGAAAUAAGUCCCUUGACUCUGACUGUGAGCAGACUAUAGAAGUCUUUGCUGUACCGGAAAGAGGGCACCAUUGCAGUUUGAGGCUGUUUCGAAAGAUACGAAGCACGCUGUCACCUUGAAAUCGAGCUCGAGGAUGGAGCUCUUACGGAUUUGAGUUAUGCUUGAGCUCGUAUGAAACUCCUGAGUUGUACCAAUUACAUCUUCGUAAAGAAGUAAAAGAAGUGUAAGGACAGGAAGAGCACCAAAGAGAAAGGAAGGAACACUUUACCAAGAAUAGAAUGAAGUCGGUGGAAAGAAAAUUCUACAUGAACUGAUACAAGUACAAGGGAUAACUUCAAUAAAUUGCCUCAUGAGAUGAAGAGGUCAGAGUGCUAACGCGCACAAGAGGACAGUUCCUCUCGAUGAUGAUUGCCACAGUACACAGGAAAGAGUGUUGAAGAUCGGCGCUUCAAGAUGAGAGCCAGUUCUUGCCAGGACUUGUGAGGACGGCUUCUCUGAAUACGAGGACAAGUCCUGCGAGGACUUGUGCGGACGGCUCCUCAGGAUGAUGAUCGCAAACAAUCGGCGCUCAAGAAUAAGAGCGACCUCGAGAGUGGCCCUUCUUGAUGAAAAAAGAACAAAUCGGGACUCAAAAAAGAGUAGCCGGGAGGGUGGCCCCUCUGGGUGAUGAUCGCUCGCUACCAUCGAGCAGAAGCCGCUUGAAUGGUGCUCCCCACAGACCCAAAGAGGUCAAUGGGUAGGAGACCGCUCUGGCGUGGAUAAUAAUGACGAGUGCGUGAACCUGCACAGGAGAAAAAGCUCCUUAGAGUCGACGACGAUGAUGAUGAUCGCUUCCCCGUGUUCGAUGGUGGUGAUCGCCCCCCGCUGUGGGUGGUGGUGGUCGCCCCCCCGCAGUCGGUGGCGGUGGUCACCCCCUGCAAUCGAGCAAGAAGCUCAGCAAUCGAGCAAAAGGCUGGCGGAGAGCGCCCCAUAAAUCCAACGUGGUCAGCGCCUGGGAGAGCUCUCUUGGGCGCGGGGGCAGCAUAAGAGGGGAGGUAAGAGGACGUCGGAGAGUGGGGCGGUAGGUGGAAGUUCCUUGGUUACUUAGUCCUCAUUGGUAUGACUUACUUCUCUUUCUCAUCUCAAACAAAGUUUCAAUUGUCUCUCAAUUUUUUCAUUCUAAUCUUUUCCACAUACAGGUUAUGUAGAAACUUUAUCGAUUAUCGGAGGCGGAGGCGUGGUUCUCUCUAAUAAUCUUAUGGCCACCGCAAAGGAUGCAUGGGCGGUAGCUCCAGCAUUUUGCAGGCGGUGGGGCAUGAGUAUAAGAAUGGUGAAGGUGGAAUUUCAUCAGCGGAGAAAUUAUGCUUCGAAGCAGUAUGAUGCUUUUGACGGAAUUGUCGACUAUCUUAGUCGAAGAGGUCAAGAAGGCACAUACUUUGCAGAAGGUGUGAAGUGUUAUAAAUAUCGGGCCUAAAUAAGUAAAAGUAUUCGGGCCUAAAUAACUACUACCUAUUCAGAGGUGAGGUUUGGUGUGAAUUUAACGUAGAUUUAUGAACAAGAUUCAUCCAGGCGUUCCUUUUUGUGGAUUAGUAUGAAGAUUUUUGAGACUAUGAUACAACAUCAACAUCUUUUUUAAGUCGGGGGAAGCUUCUUGGCAAUCAUAGCAGCAGCAAGUCUUUAGGGUUAGUCAUCUAAACUGCGCGGGAGCAACUC